CGUGACGCAGAAUCGCUAAUGGCGUUAACCCGACCCGGAUAAACUUGUUAAUAACACAGCCGCGUGUAUAUGUAAUAUAUAUAUUAGUAAACCAUCUCCUUUUUAAGCUUUAUUAACAUAUGUCGUAUGGGUAGAAUUGCCGUUUCCGCAAUUUUUACUCAUAGGAACCAUCAAGCGCGUCAAGCGUGUUGCUAGCCGGUGACAUUUAGCAGAUGCACUUGACAAGCCAGGCCCUGGGGAUGGCUGCUGCUGCCGGGCCGAGUCAAGCCAAAAAGGGUGCAGUGUACAGUGACUCCAACCUAAGCGACGAGGAUUUGGACCUAAGCAACGAGGCGGAUGAUCUUUUUGAUGAUGCCGUGCUUGCCGGCUCAUGCAGUUCAGCUCAGCACUUGAACGUCACGUCAAAUGCAGCCGCCGGCAGGGAAACGCCAACGAAAACUGAGGAUGAGGCGGUCGCCGUGAAGAACAACGAAAAGGAAAAAGACCCGUCCCGAAAGUACUGUUUAUAUAUCGGACAUUUUUCUUGGUGGACAUCUGACAAAGACCUCAUGUGUGUGGCCCAAAAGUUGGGGGUCAACGAUAUCCACGAGAUCAAAUUUGCAGAGAACAAAACUAAUGGCCAAUCAAGAGGCUAUGCAAAGGUUGUGGUGACUUCAGAGGAAUCGUUAAAAACAUUGUUGGAGAAAAUACCGCAAUGUACGAUGGAUGGGAAAAGCAUCGACUGCCGCUUUGCCACUCAUCAAAACCUCUCCGUGUUUGAGGAUGUCGCCAACAAACGUUUCCCCAUGCGCAGUAAUUCCAGGGACUUGGACCCGCCGGAGGUUCCAUCAUCUCCCCGCGACACAACCCCCCCGAGCGUACCUACCCCCUUCCCGCCGCACCCGCUGGGGAACGUAUUUCCCUCGCAUCCCAGCCCUUUCCUUGGCCAGCCGCCACGCCCUCCCUUCCCGCCGAUGCCCCCCGGCAUCCUCCCGCCACCUUUAUUCCCUCCUCAAGCUUUCAGCGCUCCGAGACAGCCGUCUCCGAGUCUUCAUUUAAAUCCCGCGUACUUCACCCCGCCGCCAGAAAGACAAAGCAGCCAAGCUUACAGUCAGCAAAAACAAAUGUCUCAAAAGGGAGAAAGAGAUUAUGAAGAGCUGUUGAACAGGAACAGGGCCGUGGCUAGCAGCGCCAUCACCAAGGCUGUGACUGGUGCAACAACCGGAGACCUACGGGUGGCCAUGGAAACUCUGUUAACGGCCAUCGCCAUCAUCAAACAGUCCAGCAUCUACAGAGACGAGCGCUGCCAAGCCUUGGUCACCUCCCUCAAAGACUGCCUGGUGUCCAUCCAGGGAAACUCCAGCUACAGGUUGAUUAGCUUUAGUCGCGUAAAUCACACACACACACACACACACAUACGUCUAAUCCAUGAAUGUCACACCCUUCUCAGCAGGAGUAGCAGUCACUCCGACAGCCGGGAUCGAGAGCGGGAAAGGGAUCGCCACAGAGAGAGUUUACCCAGUUGGGAAGGAGCCGGAACAUCUCGAAGGCACAGGGAACGCUCCUGGAGUCGAGAGAGGGACAGGGAGCGUUUGCGGGACAGGCACAGAGACCAGAGGGACCGAUAUCGCUGACUCGGUAAGCUCGUAAAGCGUCGCAGUUUUGUGUGGUCCCGCCGUCACUUAACGCUUGAACGUCACAUCGACGCCGGAGGAGCUUUUCCACUUUUUCUUUCAACGUCUAACUUUGUGCGGUCCGCUGAGGAUUCGGUCACUACUAUCGCGACUUAUUUGUUUAAUCUGCACGACUCACAAAAAAAAAGUUAGGAAUUUGGACUUCGGAUGUUGUGAGUUUUGCCGAAGAGGAAGUUGUGCAGAAAAAUCGGAAGAGUUGAGAUUGUGCAUUUUGGGUUCAUCCUGGAAUUUCAUCCCAAAUACAGGUGGUGUUCGGGUUACCAACAAGUUAUGAAGUAGCCUUUAAGUCACUCGGAAAAACUCCACUCUAGUACUUUUUAGGCUAGUACUCUUCUCCUCCCGGAAUUCCGUGUAACAGCGCACGGAAUCCAUGACCCCCCAGCGAGCAUUCAGUAAUUUUAGUAGUUUUUCCGGGCUCCAAACAUUUCAAAAUAGAAGCACAGACUGAACAAAUAAAUGCUCAAAAUAUACCGUUGUCCGGUAUUCUCGGAAUUCUCCAUGGCGUCUACACGUAAACAAAGAAGUCAUUAUUAUUAUUAUUAUUUAGAAAAAGCUUAAUUUAGGCCAAGAAUUUGUACAAUUUGCUGAAAUCUGCAUUUUUUUUUUUUUUUUACUAAUAUGCCAAAUUCAACCAGGCGGCACGGCGGUCGAGUGGUUAGCGCGCAGACCUCACAACUAGGAAACCAGGGUUCGAUUCCACUCUCGGCCAUCUCUGUAGUGGAGUUUGCAUGUUCUCCCCGGUUUUCUCCGGGUACUCCGGUUUCCUCCCACAUUCCAAAAAAAACAUGCUAGGUUAAUUAGCGACUCCAAAUUGUCCAUAGGUAUGAAUGUGAGUGUGAAUGGUUGUUUGUCUAUAUGUGCCCUGUGAUUGGCUGGCCACCAGUCCAGGGUGUACCCCGCCUCUCGCCCCCAAGACAGCUGGGAUAGGCUCCAGCAACCCCCGCGACCCUCGUGAGGAAAAAGCGGUAGAAAAUGAAUGAAUGAAAUGAAUGAACUGAUGGUUUACUAAUUAAUUUUUCCAAAAAUACGAUAUAGUCCGGAAGCGUUAAUGCAACCGUAAUGUUGUCUCCUCUAUCUGCGCUCUUCGUGGUGUUCAUUUUUCACGUUCCUUUUUUUUCGGAGCCAUAAUUAUGAGCAAACAUCGAUGUUAUUCUUCCUCAAUGUGUGCCGCGUAUACUUCCGUCGGCGCGCGAUGUGACCUGUUCCCGAGCAAGUAUUUAGGGACCAAAGUGUUAUUUUUUUUUUUUUACGGACAGUGUAAAAACCAACGACCACCUGUAUUAUCUCCCACCACCAUCUUGUUUUUGUGAGUAGUGUGUCAUGAAGGUCACAUGAAAAGCAUUGAACUGUAAUCGAAUGCCACCAAUGAUUAGUUUAGAGGACAUUAGUAGAUUAGUGCGAUUCAAUGCCAUCACAUUUAUCGUCCAUAACCAACCACAUUUCACAAUAAAGCAAAACCUAUGAAAAUUGAUUAAUUGGUACGGCGCAACUGACUGAAUACUAAUUGGUUAUUGUUUUGGAAUAUGAACUUCUUGAAUGUUUUUGGUUAGGCUGCUGCUGUUGGAAAUGUCCUUUUUGGUUUCGGACUUGUUUCAAAGGCUAUACUGUGUAGAUCGAUUCAGAUUAGAACCCUUUGCAUGUGCAGACGCCUGCAAAUGUAUAUAACACAUGUUCAUUGUUGUCUUUUGUAUUAUAUAUAUAUAAAAAAUCCCUAAACUGUA